AUGCUUCCAGAAAAUCUAGAAACAGAUGUCCUCAAUGAAAGGCAACAAUGGCUUCAAAACAUCUGCUCCCAAUUCAACUGCACCAGGCCAGUUUUGCAAUCAGUCUUGGACAAUCUGGCCAAAAAAAACUUCCGUCUUUGGCUGUCUUGGAACUCUCAGAGUCUGGAACUUUUGAAGUGGAGUAAGAGCUACCUGGAUGUUUCCAAAGAAGCUGAAGCAUCUCUAGAAUAUCAAUGGGAUUUAAUAGUCAUGCAAUCCAAGGCAAUGUGGGAGACACUUGUAUCUGGGAACUCUGUCAUGAUGGAGUAUGAAAGUGGAGAAGAUCAACUAGAGGAGGAUAUGCUUGCUCAAGAACAAAAUGAUUUUUAUGAACAGGAUAACUUUAUAUAA